AUGUCUGAUGGGAGUGACCCGAGGAGGAGGAGGAGGAUCGCGAUCAUCGUGGUCUCUUCAUUCAUCCUGGUCGUGAUUGGCGCGGCUGUGACCUUUGGCGUGUACACGGCGAGUGUGUCCAGCCAGGCGUCGAAAGCCAGCGAGAAGACCAGUGAGGUCUCGGCCUCGAUCAAAGCCAUCGAGGGGAUAUGCCAACCGACCGAUUACAAAGAAGCGUGCGUGCGGAGCCUCAGAGAGGCUGGUGCGAACACCGCCGAUCCCAAGGAGCUCAUAAAAGCCAGCUUCAAAGCCGCGAUGAAGCACAUUGCUGAGGCCGCAAAGAAAUCAACGGUGCUGAAAGAGCUGGAGAAGACCCCGAGAGCGCAGCAGGCCCUAAGUAAUUGCAAGAAGUUGAUGGGGUUUGCAAUCAACGACCUCGAGAGAUCGUUCGACAAAUUGGGCGAGCUCGAGUUUAGCAAGCUCGACGAUGCAUUGGCAGACUUGAAAGUCUGGCUCAGCGCCGUGGUCACCUACCAAGAUACCUGCUUGGACGGAUUCCAGAACACCACGGGCAACGCGGGCCACAAGAUGAGGGAGGCGUUGAAGAGCUCCGAAGAAUUGACCAGCAAUGUACUCGCCAUGGUCGACGAGAUCUCCUUGGCCCUUGCUAAGAUGAACCUCACAAACUUUAACCGCAAGCUCCUAUCGGACGACAACGUGAUUGGACACGGCGACGACUUCUCAAUGUGGGCAACUAGCCUGAAGCGAAAGCUUCUCAGCAAGACAGUGGCCAAACUGAAGCCGAAUCUUGUAGUUGCCAAGGAUGGGAGUGGAAGAUUCAGGACCAUAAAUGAAGCCCUAAAGCACAUUCCAUUGAAUAGCAAGAAGACCUUUGUGCUCCACAUCAAGGCUGGGGUUUAUAAGGAGCAGGUGGUGUUCGAUGAGAAGAUGACCAAUGUCAUGUUGGUCGGCGAUGGCCCAACCAAGACCUGGAUCAGCUUCAACAAGAAUUAUGCUGAUGGCACGACCACAUUCAAAACUGCCACAGUCUCUGUCUUCGGAGACAACUUCAUAGCGAGGGACAUCGGCUUUGAGAACAGUGCUGGAGCGAUAAAGCACCAGGCCGUGGCGCUCAUGGUUCGAUCCGACAUGGCCAUUUUCCACAACUGCCACAUGGAUGGCUAUCAGGACACGCUCUAUGCGCACAGCAAGCGCCAGUUCUACCGAGACUGCACUAUCACCGGCACGAUCGACUUUGUCCUCGGGGACGCGGCCGCUGUCUUCCAGAACUGCAAGAUGCUCAUCCGGAAGCCGCUGGACAACCAACAGUGUAUUGUGACCGCUCAGGGGAGGUCGAAGAGGCGCGAGGCUUCGGCGCUCAUCCUCCAGAAUUGCACCAUCACUGCGGACCCCUCGUACACACCCUUCAAGGGGCAGAUACUCUCGUACCUCGGAAGGCCAUGGAAGGCUUACUCGAGGACGAUAAUCAUGGAGUCGUACAUCGACGACAUAAUCCAGCCCAAGGGGUGGAUGCCUUGGCUCGGCGACUUCGGUCUCAACACUUGCUUCUACGCUGAGUAUAAGAACCGAGGACCCGGCGCGAGCACCGCCAGGCGCGUGAAGUGGAAGGGCAUCAAGAAGAUCACGCCGCAGCAUGCUGUGGAAUUCACGGCAGGGCGAUUCAUGAAGGGCGACAGGUGGAUUCGCACGGCCGGAGUACCAUACGUCGCCGGAAUGUUGAACGCUUGA